AUGCAUCUGAUCAAGCCGCAGUGGUUGACCCACUCUGGUGAUCUGAAAGACCACGAAGUAUACAGCUGCCACGUCUCUCCCGAUGGAAAGCGCCUUGUAACCGCCGCCGGAGGUCCGUACAUUCACGAGCGCAACGGUUACGUGCGCAUCUGGUCCACCGAAGCUAUUCUGAACUCUAACAACGCCGAAUACACCAAACCGAAGCAGCUCGCUGCUGUCAGCCACCACUCAGGCACGAUCCACGCGGUGCGAUUCUCCUCAAACAACAAAUACUUGGCUUCUGGUGCAGAUGACAAGAUCGUCUGUAUCUACGCGCUAGAUCCCAAUGCGCCCACCCAUGCUGCAUUCGGCUCGAACGAAGCACCCCCUGUUGAGAAUUGGCGCGUCAUUCGCCGUCUCAUAGGGCACGAUAACGAUGUGCAGGAUAUUGGGUGGUCGGCCGACUCUUCAAUCCUAGUGUCAGUGGGCUUGGAUUCGAAAGUAGUCGUCUGGUCAGGACACUCGUUCGAGAAGCUCAAGACGCUGUCAAACCACCAGAGUCAUGUCAAAGGCAUCACUUUCGACCCCGCAAACAAAUACUUCGCGACCGCGAGCGACGACCGCACCAUCAAAGUCUACCGUUUCAACUCGCCGCCCGCGAAUGCCACCCAGCAGGAUCAAGUGAACAACUUCAUGCUCGAGCAUACCAUUACCGCGCCUUUCCAAACCUCGCCACUUACUACAUACUUCCGGCGAUGUUCUUGGUCACCAGAUGGAGCUCACAUCGCAGCUGCAAACUCGACAAAUGGACCGGUUAGCUCUGUAGCGAUCCUCGUGCGUGGAACGUGGGACGGUCAGAUCAGUUUGGUUGGACACGAAGGUCCUGUGGAGGUUGCUGCUUUCUCGCCUCGAUUGUUCUACAAAGACCCACCGAAGGAAAUCGACGGAACAGUCUACCAGCCAACAGUCACAAUUGUCGCAUGCGCCGGUCAAGAUAAAUGCCUCAGCGUCUGGAACACAAGUUAUCCCAGACCAUUCAUGAUCACCCAGGAGUUGGCUGGGAAAUCAAUAUCAGAUCUAGCCUGGGCGCCAGGGGGAGAAGUAUUAUACGCCACCAGUCUCGAUGGCAGCAUCAUGACGCUCGUCUUCGAGCCCGGUGAACUCGGUUACCCUGCAUCGCUGGACGAGAAUGAUAAAACGCUUUCAAAGUUCGGUGCGGGCCGAAGAGUUGGAAUUGUUGAAGGCACCGAUGCUCUAUUGCUGGAAGAAAGCGCGAAGAAUGGAGAGUUGAAAGGCGUGCAGGGUCGCAUGGGAGCUCUGAUGGGCGAUGGUGGUGCGGUACAGGCUGCAACGAUCACCACAAAUGGAACCAACGGCGCAAGCACGUCAGCAAAUUUGACGAACGGCACGACAACACUAGCGGCACCGGUUGAGCCUACAGUAGAUCAGCGUGUCGAAAAGCUUAAGCAGCGGGUGACUGUGACGAAGGAGGGUAAGAAGCGCAUAGCGCCAAUGCUCGUGUCCUCGUCGUCUGGUAUUGGCGCAUCAUCAUUACCCCAGACCCAACUCAUUUCUGCAGCUGCCACGUCAAUUGGGAGAAGCGACAACCCACACAACGUUCUCGACCUAUCAAAGCCGUACGAUGGAUUCCCUAAGGGCGGCCUUGCGUCAAUGCUUGUCGGCAACAAGAGGAAAUUCGCAGAGAUCGAGGGCGAUGAGGACCGGCAGAUCGAGCGAAGGCUUGCUGCCACAGUUCGGCCUGGCGGUGCAGCAAUUGUGCUGAACAGCGAGAACGGCCUCGUACCGCCCGCUGCAGCUGCUUCAAAGACCAAUGAUCACGAGGUUCCGAAGGCUUUACGACCUGCGAUUGUCAACCCGGCCUUGAGCGUUAGCCAACUGAGGCUGUCUGUACCGAAGGUACGAAGUGUCAUUAUCCGCACAAUGGAUGGCAGCGAGCCACCACAACAGAACGGAGUGGAUCCGAACACAGGAAAAGCCGAGCUCUCCGACACUGUUAUGCUGGAGGCGCGAAACGCCACUGGCCCGUCAAGGACAGGUCGAUUCCAGGAUCACGAUCCUGUUAGGAUCAGCUGCACAAAGAAAGGUCAAGCGUUGUGGCAAGACUACCUGCCGAAGGCCGUCCUUCUCGUAACGGGCAACACGAACUUCUUUGCUGCGGCAUGCGAGGACGGCUCCGUUUAUGCAUGGUCUCCAGCGGGCUGUCGAACUCUGAACGCCAUGAUUCUGGAAGCACAGCCAGUAAUCAUGGACUGUCGCGGCUGGUGGCUGAUGGCCAUCUCAGCAGUCGGCAUGUGCUAUGUAUGGAACCUCAAGGACAUGUCUGCACGACACCCACCGAUCUCGAUUGCACCGAUUCUUGAUGUUGCAGCGCACUCACAGGGCCCUCAUCUAACAAGAUCUCCCGGCAUCGUGUAUGCUCGACUCAACACUAAGGGUAGGAUCGUCGUAGCCAUGUCGAAUGGCGACGGCUACACAUACAACCCAACCAUGUAUAUUUGGCAACGGAUAUCGGAGCCUUGGUUCGCAGUUGGGAGUCAGUACUGGAACACCACGGACUCGUCCCUCGGUAACAUCAAAUCAUCUAACGACGAGACUGCUCCGAAAGAGAAGGAUGAUCAAGUCUCGUUGGAAAAUAUUUCCGCCGGCAUCAUCCCAUCGCUAGAACGAAACACCACAAAUCAGUUCCUGCUGCAGGGCCGAGCAUUCUACCUUCAGCGGCUCAUAAAAGCGCUCAUCUCUGCCGAGGGCUACGAGACCUUCGAGAGUUGCGUCAGUGUGGCACAUUUGGAGAACCGGGUCGCCGCUGCAAAGACCCUGGGCGCACGGGAAGAGUUCAAGAUCUACCUCUCGAUGUACGUCAAGCGCAUUGGAGCAGAAGGCCUGAAGGGCAAGAUCGAGGAGCUUCUGCGGAGCCUCUCUGAUGACCUCAUCGCCGAAGACGAUGACGAGAGCAGAGACACGGAGAAGGCGGAUGGCACCAUUUGCGGCUGGACGAAGGAAGAGCUCCUUAAGGAAGCGGUGCUGAUUCUUGGUAAACAUCGCGACCUCCAGCGCAUCACUGUACCGUAUGCACGUCUUCUUGGUAUCGUCCACGAGAAUCAGCAGCAGGACGAGGCUAUGGUCACAGAUCUAUAG